GGUCGAAAAUGUUGUACUCAUUCGGAGUUGUUGUCUUCAUUCAAAUAGUUUUUAUAUUAAUCAAUAAUACUCCAUUUGCGACUUCAACUCUAGUCACUGACAGUGAAUGGCUGCAGUAUAAGGUGCAGUACAAUAAAAUGUACUCUAGUGUAACAGCAGAAAACUUGGCGCGUUAUAACUUCAAUAAUAACAAAAUACUUAUCGAUAUACAUAAUGUGAAAUAUGCUACCAAGUCAGUUACAUACAAACUGGGCGUAAACCAAUUUACAGAUAUGAGCUUAGUAGAUUUUAAAUCAUUAUUUCCUGUAGCGGUUUACCCGACUUUUUCUUACGAUGUUGCGCCCCAAGCAGUCAACUCAACACCUAUGUAUUUUAAUCCUAUCAAGGAGUUAGGAAUUAUAUCCAUGAUUGAAGACCAAGGCACCGCUUGUAACAGUGGUUGGGCUUAUGCGGCUGCAAAAUCAAUAGAGUUAGGGUAUGCAUAUCAAAAUGGUACUCCACCACUAGUUUCUUUAUCCGCACAAAACCUGAUCGAUUGUGCGGGUCGUUCAACUACUUGUAAAACACAAGUACCACAAACAGCAUUUGAUUUUCUGUCUAUCUAUGGUCAAAGUUUACAUACAAUAAUUAAUUAUCCAAAUAGGAAUACACAAAGUGAACAAGGCAUGUGUCUACAAAGCUAUGGACCUUAUACUAGAUUAUAUAGUUAUGUACGUCUUAACAAUACUGAUGACAGCGACUUAUUAAAAUAUGUUGGGAACUCAUAUCCAGUGGUGAUUGAAUUCAAUCCAGCCUCAUUUGAAUUUAUGCACUAUGCUGAAGGAGUCUUUAAGCAGCCUUCAACAGGCAAAGGAUCACAUUUUAUGGUUGUAAUUGGUUAUGAAUCUGAUCCAACGACUGGACUUAAUACUUGGUUAAUUCAGAAUUCGUUUAAUACUUCCUGGGGUGAAAAUGGUUACUUCCGUAUUGUAAGAAACCAAGUCGACAUUAUUAGUAAAUCUGCUAUUUAUCCUAUUAUAGUAUUAUAA